AGAAAUCAUGGUGAUAAUAAUGAAGACACUGAGACUAACAUUAACAAUAAUGAAAUAGUUGAAAUUACUCAAACAAAUAAUGUUAUAAUGCCAACAGUUGAAACAUAUCAACCAAUUGAUAACAAUCAAAAUAACCAAUCAUUAAAUAAUAUUCAUAGAAAGGAUGAGCUAGUUAUCAUUCCUAUGCAAGAACAAGAAAUUAUUAUUACUGCUUCAGAGGAUGAGCCAGCUACCAUUCCAACUAUAUUUGCCCAUCAAAACUCAAAAGGAAAAUGGACAAAUCAAGAAGUAGGUAUCCUUUUGAAAUUUGUUUUGGAUAAAAAAGUUAAUACUGAAAGAAUUAAACAAUUGGGGAUUCAUAGAACAAAUGCAAUAUCCAAUAAGGCAAGAUUAAUGAAAUAA